GUCUUUUCUGAGUAAAUGGUCUCGGUUUUGGCAGGUCGGAUAUACGUCUGAACGUGAAACGACCGUUGCCUUCUGAUAAUGGCGGAUCAGUAGUAGCAGUUGUGCUGCUGGCAUUAGUGUAUGCUGCUGGCUUUGUUGGUGGCGGUGGUGGUGGUGCGGCAUUCCAACGCGACAGCACAGGAUUAUUUGAUUUCGGUGCAGGUGGACGGAUGGGAGAUGACGAUACUGCUGGUGAUCCUCCUGGUGGAGGUGGAGGUGGAGGAGGUGGAGGAGGUGGUGCUCCUGCUGAAAAAGAUGAAGGUGCUGGAGGUGGUGGCGGAUGUGGUGCUGGAGCACCGGGCGAGGUCGACGAUGCGGUCGAAGAUGAGCGUUUUCUACCUGGGGGUAAAGGCGGUGGAACUGCUAAAUUGGCAGCGGAUCGCACUGGGCUUGGCACUUGCGGGACAUUACGCGAAGGACUUGCACGUCCAGGUGGAGGUGGAACAUAUCUGCUGGGUGUGCUUGGCGGUGGUGGAACAGCACGUGGUGGUGUGGGAGGAACAGCUCUUUGUGGAGAGCUGCUCGAUCUUGUUCUUCCUCCUGGUAAACUUGGUGGUGCAAGCGAAGGUCGUGGUGGUGAUGGAGCUGCUGCUCCAGGCGGUGGCGGAGGUGGCGGCGGCGGCGGUGGUGGUGGUGCUCCUGCUCCUGCUCCUCCUGCUGGAGGUGGGGGUGGAGGAGGAGGAGGUGGUGGUGGUGGCGCUCCACCACUUGGAGGAGCUGGCGAACUACGACCAGGAAUAGGCGGAGGAGCUUUGAACGAUCGAGGAAGGGGGUUUUGCGCAGAGUUGGCAUUCCGUUAGCGAAAAGACCACCUAGUUGUGGACCUCCUCCCAAACUCGGUGCUGAAGUCGAUGCGGCCGAUGCAACAUUACUACUGCCACCGCCCGUGCCGGCUCCCAUGCCUGGCAUGGGUGGUCGAGC